GGGGGGGGGAAAGUUUGCAUUGCAAUCCCCUGCCUUCCUUCCCUUUCUCCCGAUCAAUGCAUAUUUGCAAAAGGAUUAAGCUACAGAUUUAAGCGCCGGGACCCAUUUCUGCUUUGCAAAGGAGACCGGACUGAAAAACCAAAAGCCUGCUCUGAUUUCUUUUCGCCAAGUGGGAAGGUGGUUUAUUUUUCUUGCUUUUUGGAGUCAACACCCUUCCCCGCCAGCCCUUAUCCCCACCCUCACCCCCGCAACCCCUUCACGCCCCCCCCUCCCCCUCCCCACUCUCCAUCCUCCCAUCCUCUAAAGAGGCAAAGGGAUUUUUUUUUCUUUUGGUCUUCUUUUAACCCCCUUCCCUGUUUAUCCUGAAAAGGAUUUGAAGACAGCUUGAAGGAUAAAAAGCCUUGGUGCUUCCAGGAGCCAAGCCGAGAAGAAGAGGAAGAGCCGGGGGCCGCCGUUGCCUUUGGAGAUGGACGAGCAGCCCAGGCUGAUGCAUUCCCAUGCUGGGGUCGGGAUGGCCGGACACCCCGGCCUGUCCCAGCACUUGCAGGAUGGGGCCGGAGGGACCGAGGGGGAGGGCGGGAGGAAGCAGGACAUUGGAGACAUUUUACAGCAAAUUAUGACCAUCACAGACCAGAGUUUGGAUGAGGCGCAGGCCAGAAAACAUGCUUUAAACUGCCACAGAAUGAAGCCUGCCUUGUUUAAUGUGUUGUGUGAAAUCAAAGAAAAAACAGUUUUGAGUAUCCGGGGAGCCCAGGAAGAGGAGCCCACAGACCCCCAGCUGAUGCGGCUGGACAACAUGUUGCUGGCGGAGGGAGUGGCGGGGCCGGAGAAGGGAGGGGGCUCGGCAGCGGCGGCGGCGGCCGCGGCGGCUUCUGGAGGGGCAGGUUCGGACAACUCAGUGGAGCAUUCCGAUUACAGAGCCAAACUCUCACAGAUCAGACAAAUCUACCACACAGAGCUGGAGAAAUACGAGCAGGCAUGCAACGAGUUCACCACCCACGUGAUGAACCUCCUGCGAGAGCAAAGCCGGACCAGGCCCAUCUCCCCAAAGGAAAUCGAGCGAAUGGUCAGCAUCAUCCACCGCAAGUUCAGCUCCAUCCAGAUGCAGCUCAAGCAGAGCACGUGUGAAGCCGUCAUGAUCCUGCGCUCCCGGUUUCUGGACGCACGGCGGAAGAGACGGAAUUUCAACAAGCAAGCUACAGAAAUCCUGAACGAAUAUUUCUAUUCCCAUCUCAGCAACCCUUAUCCCAGUGAGGAAGCCAAAGAGGAGUUAGCCAAGAAGUGUGGCAUCACAGUCUCCCAGGUAUCAAACUGGUUUGGAAAUAAGCGAAUCCGGUACAAGAAGAACAUAGGUAAAUUUCAAGAGGAAGCCAAUAUUUAUGCUGCCAAAACGGCUGUCACUGCUACCAAUGUGUCAGCCCAUGGAAGCCAAGCUAACUCACCCUCAACUCCCAACUCAGCUGGUGGAUACCCUUCGCCAUGUUAUCAGCCAGACAGGAGGAUACAGUGACGGACUCGCAGCCAGUCAGAUGUACAGUCCGCAGGGCAUCAGUGCUAAUGGAGGUUGGCAGGAUGCUACUACCCCUUCAUCAGUGACCUCCCCUACAGAAGGCCCUGGCAGUGUUCACUCUGAUACCUCCAACUGAUCUCCCCGCAAUCGCAUCCCGGCUGACCCUGUGCCCCAGUCGGGGCAGGGGCAGGAGGGGGGGUUUCUCUCCCAACGCUGAAGCGGUCAGACUGGAGGUCGAAGCAAUCAGCAAACACAAUAAGAGUCUCCUUCUCUUCUCUUCUUUGGGAUGCUAUUUCAGCCAAUCUGGACACUUCUUUACACUCUCUUCCCUUUUUUUUAAUUUUCUGGGUAGAAGCCACCCUUCCCUGCCUCCAGCUGUCAGCCUGGUUUCCGUCAUCUUCCCUGUCCCUUUCCCCCUGUCCUAGACUCCCUGGGCCCCUGCCCUCUAUUACAUCACUGAAGGAUAUUUUCAACCAUUAGAGAAAUUGAAAGAGGAAAAAAAUGACAAAGAAAAUAAUAAAAGCGUUUGUAUGUUUUCAUGCUGGUGGUUUGAGGAGCCAAAUUUACCUCAUUCGGAUCCCUCACUCCCUGUAUCAACAGGCAGUCCUUCUCUGUUUUUCUCGUUACUCUCACUACCUCUUAGCAGGAAUACGCCACAUUGCCCUACUACUUCCGGGCCUCCCUGUCCCCUCUUGCUCUUAACUCCCCGGGGACAAUUCUGAUUGGAACGUUUUCCUCCUCUUCCUUCCCAUCCCCAGUUAUUCUUUGGGGACUGGCGUAGCAGGGCUUUGAAAGCUGCCACAUUUUCUGGUUACAGCUCCACUAGGUUGAUUCCCAGGCAGGAUAUCAGGCCUCAGGAGAGCACACAGAACAGGAAGGGCAGAAUUCCUAUAGGCUUUUUCAUCUUCCUGAUAACAGUUCUUGGUUUCGGAGGCACAGUCUUUGGAGACCAUUCAGCAUUUAGUAAAGCAAUUUUCAGAACCUGCUCGAAUCUGAGUUGGGCACGGUGAUGAAUGCAACACUUAACAAGUAGAAGUUUCCUUUUCCUGAAACCCUUCAACUGUCCUUCCUCACGUGCAUACAUACACGUGUGCACACAUACACUCACAUGCAGGUAUAUGCACAACCUCACACAUUCACUUUCUGGAGAACAUUCACAUGUUAUUUGCAAACAUUUACAUUAGUAACCAUAGGACUGUGCAUUGUGAGCCCAGGAGAGGGAAUUAGCCACUCUGAGUGAAGGUUGCUGUCACUGAGAAGGAUAUGAGUCUGGGGCUUCCACGACCUAAAGGCCCACCCACAUGCACAUAACAGAACAACGUACACAGGAUUUGCUCGUGUUGAAGGCCAGGUUUCCAGUGUUAACUAUUCCCAUUCCCUCCCACCUCUGGAGUUCUCAGGGAGCCACACACAGUACUUAUAGCAUCCAUAGUGGAUUUGGUUUUCUUUGGUUUUAUUUUUAUAUUGGGGAUCUUUCAUUAAUUCUCCGAAGUGUUAUACAACACCAUGUUCUUGACUCUUGACCUCUUGUUCUGGAGGAGAGAGUUGAAUAAGAGCAUGGCUCAGGCUAACUUUUUCCUAGCUUAAUUUGAAGACCUGAGGGUCAUGGGGAAAACAAAGGUAAUGUUUCCUUGAGAGUCAUCAUAGUGAUUUUUAUUCCCUGGGGGCUGCUAAGAGGGAAGAAUAUGUACUAGAAUGCUAUUCUCUAGUAUCACUUGGGCUGACUUUCUUCAUAGCCAGCUCUGCCAGUGAUGAAGGUGGCAGCUAUGUCACUCGGGUUAAGGGGGAAGGAGCCAACUUUCCUGGCGCCUCAUUAUUUUACCUGUAAAAUGAAGAUGGUUAUGCCUGCUCACCAAGAGGCAUGUCAGAGACUGAGGAUAUUGAUUUCAUUCAUCCCCAGUCUGGAAGUAAGGGGAAGUAAUGUCCUGGAGACAUUACUGGAAUAUAAUGAUGUCCCUGGACCAUGCCAUGUAGGGGCAAUAAAUGGUUUUCCUGUUUGCAUUUCUGGUUACCAUCAGCACCCUGAUGAUAAACCAAAGGGUUGUUGUUGUUGGUUUUGUAAUUUUGGUCCGUUUGGUUUCUUAGAAUAGAGAAAGGCAUCCAAAUUAGAAAAAUAGUACCUGUUUGUUUUAGUGGGCGCUUGAAUCCAAUAUGUAGCCUUGUAAGUAUUUAGUUCCCUGUCACAUCCCCUCUGCCUGAGAGGCAUCCAGGUAGAGGCACAGACCCUAAGGGGUGAGGAUGGCCAGCGAACAAGGCCAGGGAAUUCCUUCUGGCACUACAGUGACACACAGAAAAUGCUCCUGUAUUGUGUGUAUGGGUGGAAGGGGAGGAAGCAACUGCUACAUUGAGAAACCCAAAGAUAUGUGAAUUUGAAGGAAAUGGAAAAAGUAAAUAUUUGUCAAUAUGAGAUGAUGCCUUGAUGACUAAGAACAACUGAAAGGCCGUGUCUGCUAACCUGGGCCGUACUCAGAACAGGGCUAAAUAAAGGGGAUUCCCAGAGGGAGCAUCUUUGUGACAACUCUCUAGUGAUUAGAACCAGUGGAGAACUAUGUCUUAGUGGCAGGAGUAGACUGAAAGUCCCUCCAGAGCAUAUGGUUGGAUCACAGCCACUUGACUUUGGGCAAAAUACAAAAAAGGUACAAAAGGGUUCUCUUGGGGACAGGAAGGAUGAUUCCAGAUUUGGAUUGAAGAUUGCUUGCCAUUUUAGGUUCGUGAAAAAGAUCAGAGCAGUGCUCCAUUUGCACGGGCAGUUUCCCCCACCGCACUAGUCUGCACUGGUCAUCACCUCUCACAGCAUCUUCCCCACCCAGCACUCCACUCAGCCCCCUCUGUAUCCAACACCUUUCCCAGCCCUCUCUAUAUCCAACACCUUUCCCACAACCUCCCGUCCAGGUGCACCAUCACUUCAAAUGUAGCAGCUACGCGAUCUCCCAGCAUUAAGCCAACCAUGAGAACGCUGGCAGCAGAAGGAUGGGAAUGGAAACAGCCGUGCCUCUGGAAAUAACAGCUCCCUGGGAAUUCUUAUUAAGUCAUUUCUACAGGUACCAAAAUGUGCCCCAGAAUCCCUUCAUUUUCUAAUGGAACCAGGAGUGCUCCGUUUUCCCUGACAGCAAAUCUCCCCUGAGAAGUGGUACUAGACCUUGGGUUGGCCUGCCUUGCAGCUCUUCGUGAUAGCCUCCUUUUCAUCCCAGGCUCCUUCCCCUGGCAUAGAAUUGACUCCCUUGCAGUACUUUGGCCAAGUGGCACUUUCUUUGAAUUUAUUUUUUUUAUUUUGCUGUGGUGGUGGUUCUUUCUUUGCCAGUUACCUUUUCUCACACAUAUCUUUUUCCUCCUCUUUCCUUCUGAUUUUUUUUUUCUGCCCAGAAAAACCUGACUUCGAUACCAAAAAAAGAUAAAACUACAGAAACUCAAAUUUAAAAAAAAUUAAAAAAAAAUCCUCAACGAUUCUUUCAGCUUUAUUAACAUUUUCCAUUGUUUCUUGCAACUUGUGUCUCGUUCUUUGUAGUAUUGAUGAUGAACAUUUGAUAAUGAAUGUUCUUGUAUAUUCAGAUAAAGGAAAAAAAAACCAAAAAAGCGGUCUGAAUUUAAUAGUGUUUAUAAUAAAAAUUUUAAAAAUGACCCUCAUAGCACGCAAAACAGGAUGGGGAAAUCUCCCCUUCUUUCUGUGACAAUGCGCAUCAUUCCUGCAUUAGUUUUUAACACCAAACUACCUACAUUCUUCAUUUCCCCCAUUUUUCUUUUAUUUUCUCACAUUUGUGAAUUAGUUCAAGAAUGCUAGAAAAGUGUCGAGUUGUGCACAUCCAUUUCCUGUUUCACAAUGUUUAAAAGUGACAGUAAUUCAUUUUGUAAGCUAAAAAAAAAAAAGUUGGAAUAGUGAACAUAAUAGGUACAACCUAACACAUUAUCAUGUUUAUUAACUUUGAGACCCAGAAAUAAAUUCUUUCUUUUCUUUAUUCCUGCCCUUAAAAAAUACAAAAAAAAAUACUAUGUUUUGUUUUGUGUUGUUUUUGGUUUGUUUAUCGGGGGAGGGGGGCUUUUUUAUUGUCAGGAUUAUGAACUUGCUCUUUUUAUUCCUUACUAUGUACACGAGGUGAUGUGAAAAGAUGACAUUGGUAGACUAGGCAGUUUCCUUGUUCUUCUACUUUGGUUCAGAAUUCAGUUGACUCAAAAACAAAGAUCGGUGUUGCAUCGCUCACCUGCACUUCAGAAAGGGUGGCAUCCCUGGGGUCCCUGAGAAAAAUGAAGUCAGGGACUUGGGCUCUUUUGGCCCUUUAAAAAUUCAAGGAAUCAGUUCAGAGGACCUUGAAUACUGUGGGGAAAGGAUUUUUGCCUUGUUUAUUCUGAGUAUCACAGAGGACAUGCCUUCUUUUCUGUUUCCCUGGCUAAUACCAACAUGCCACAAGGCCUCUUCCAACUAGGAAGAAUUUUUCUUCCAGAAGAAUCCCACAGGAGAUGCUGAUGUGAAGGGCAUCAUUGGCUCAAUAAACUAGAUCCACAAAGCAGUCCUUGGAGCUGGUCUGCCUCUUGAUCCUUUUGAGUUCUGAUUUUGGAUGAAGAAUUGGUGAGAUAUCGAGCGAAUGCACUUACUGAGCUAUAGUUUCAAGUUCAGAGGCUAAGUUUGAUUUAUUGACAGUAUACUUCUCAUUAACCUCUGAUUUAGGUCACUGCUUAAAGUAAAAUGUAAGACUGGCCUGAUUCGGAAUGUUUUUAUUAGUUGUAGGAAAAAAUGAAAGCAAUGUUAUCUGGAAGAAACUUAUUUUACAACAUCUCUCAUUCAGCAAAUUAUUAAGUGUUCAGAAAGCAUCCAGACCUAAACAAGAAAAGUGAAGAAAGAGAGCAGAAUUGUGGAGCAACCCUUUAGGAAGUGUUUCCACCCAAACACAUGAGCUCUUGUCUCUUGUUUUUAAGUCAUAAUAAAAUAAUGACGAGCUUUUCACAUCACCUUUUUUUUUUCUUGUUUUUUUGGUUUCAAUCCCUAGCUCAAAGCUUUCUGGAAUCUUAUUUUUUGUAAACAUUUUUUUUCUUUUGUUGAAACGAAUAAAACAUUCAAUGUUUCCCCCUUUCUCUCUUAUUCUUCCCUUUCCUUUGGCUUUUAAAAGUUUUCAAUUACUUUGAAAUGCUUUCCUUUGGUUGUUGGUUUUAUUCUCCCCCUUUCCCCCCUCCCUUCCCCUUUACUUAUUAUUAUCCAGAGUAUAAACCUGCAAAGCUCUGCUCUGUUUUGGUUUUGAAAGUUUAAGCUUUUUUGCUUCUGUGAGAGCACAGGCUUCUGUCCCUUUUGAUUCCAACUGAACUUUUGUGUUCUCUAAUGAUACUAACACGGUGUAGGUUUUACAGUCUCCUAAUUUGUACUGGUAAUGCAUAUUCCAAAUAAAUAGUUUCUUUUGUUGCAAAAAAA